AUACCAAGCACACAAAGCUAAUAGAAGCCACCGUCGAUUUCUUGAACAGAAAAAAUGGCCUCGUUCUCCUCCUCGUGCUUCCUUCUCUUCACUGCUAUUCUUGGAGUGAUCUCAUGGCAGGCGAUAGCUUCCGAUCCAGGCUCUCUCCAGGACUUCUGUGUCGCGGACAAUAGCUCGCGUGUGCUAGUUAAUGGAUUCGUCUGCAAGGACCCAAAGGUUGUGACAGCGGAGGACUUUUUCCUGGCAGCUAAGCUCGACGUGCCGAGGGACACAAAGAUGAGCAAGGUCGGUUCCAAUGUGACCUUGAUCAAUGUCAUGAAGAUCGCUGGCCUCAACACACUUGGCAUCUCACUAGCACGUAUCGACUACGCGCCCCUAGGCGAGAACCCGCCGCACACGCACCCCCGUGCCACUGAGAUCCUCACCGUGCUUGAGGGCACACUCUACGUCGGCUUCGUCACGUCCAACACUGACAACAGGCUCUUCACCAAGGAGCUCAACAAGGGUGAUGUCUUUGUUUUCCCACAAGGACUCAUCCACUUCCAAUUUAACCCCAAUCCCUACAAGCCAGCGGUGGCAAUUGCUGCACUUAGCAGUCAGAACCCGGGGGCCAUUACCAUUGCCAACGCUGUGUUUGGAUCAAAGCCUAUGAUCUCUGAUGAUGUACUUGCCAAGGCCUUUCAGGUGGAGAAGAAGACCGUGGACUGGCUCCAAGCUCAAUUCUGGGCUGACAACCACAAUUAAUUAAAUGAUGCAUCUGCCACAAAUCGUUUGAUAAUAACAAUUCAUUCUAUGUAAUAAUAAAGUUGCUGUGUAUGAUCAACAUUAAUAUGUGUGAUGUAUUGGUUUGAUUCAAACAUGAAUAAUAUAUUGUUCUAAUUUC